AGAGGAACUCGACCAACAAGUUUUGGCGAACCGCCCUGAAACCAUUGCCCGGUAUAUAAGUAGUCUCGCCCAACAGAGGAGCAAGCAAGAAACAACAAGAGACGCACAAGGAGUCUCCAACAAAAAUAUACAAGAAGAAAAGAGCAUAAGGUUCCAGCAUCACAGACAAGCCGCAGCUCAUCUCCCACAUCUGAUCAUCCCGGGAAUCCAAACGUAACCGAAGUGAACUCCUGCUCACUGCGCUCGGCUGAAAGAAACAAGACCUCUGCUUUGUCUUCGUUAAGAACAAACUCGCCAAAAUGAUGAUGCAAAUGACAGAAACAACCAACCAGAAAAACUCCCUCUUCAACGCCAUGAACCGCUUUAUCGGCGCCGUGAACAACAUGGAUCAGACAAUUAUGGUGCCCAGCCUUUUGAGGGACGUGCCGUUAGACGAGGACAGGGAGCUGGGGUCUCUGAAGCUGGACAUGGAGGAUGGAGACAUGUACAGUUACUACCAGCUCCUCAAGUCCAUCCGCCAGGACAUGGAGUGGGGAGUGAGGUGCGCAGCGGCGGACGAGAAGCGCAAGGAGAGCAUGAAGCUUAUGCGCACCGGCUCAUCCGCAUCCACCACUUCGUCUGCCUCUUCUGUCGCUUCGUUUUCGUCAGAAGAAGACGAAGAAGAGGAGGAGGAAGAAGAGGAUCUGCACGAGCAGUUUCAGUACCAUCUGACCGGACUGCAAGGGGUGCUGUCUAAACUCACGCAGUCAGCCGUUUCUCUCACAAAGCGGUACAAAAAGGAGAUUGGGAUCGGAGGAUGGGGCCAGUGAGCUCUGAACUUAAAACGAACUGAAGGACUAAUCACUUGGCCUUUCUCCUGGUCCGGUGAAUAGAACGAGGCAGGAUGCACAAGCCGACUGUGGAGCUGGUCGACCCUGGAUUAUUGUUUUAUAUUGCAGAUGCGUUGAUCUUUUUGGAGAGCAUUUGUGUACACUACAUCUCAGACUUUUCUUUGCACUCAAAUGUUGUACACAUCAUGCCCUCAGCUGCAGUGAUACGCAAAUGAAACAUAUUUAAAACUCAUAUUUAAAGUACUAUUUAUUACCUCACAGUUUAACUGCUAAUGUUAACAUGUGUGGAAAGAUUAUGAGAUACCUGAUGUACUGCUACAUGUGACAGAAAACACUGACAAUGAUUUGGCACCUACAGUUUGAUGCUCAUGAUGUCAGUGAUUUUUAAUGAAAGUAUCUAUGAAUGAUCAUUCCACCACUUGUAUUUGUCCUUGUUUCUGAAAUGUCUGUGAAAAUGAUGGAGGCACAUUUAGAUUUGCUGCCUGUGAUAUCCAAGUUACAAUAUCAGUGAACUGGAAUCUACUGAGCCUAGUGUACAUAGAGCUGGUGUUUCCUUGAGAUAUGUUUUCUGCCUGUGGGACAGGCAUACUACUGGGGAUUCUGAUCCCACUGUCUACAACAUGUACUACUUUCAUGGUCAUCUUUUGUACUUUUCAAUAAAAUUUUGUACUGAUCA